AUGGCUACAAAAUCACCGAAUGAUAACUUUCUUAAUGACUAUGAAUCAAUUGAAGUUAUCGGUCAGGGUAGCUUUGGUAAAAUACGCAAAGUUAGACGCAAAAGGGAUGGUAUGGUCUUCGCUAGGAAGGAGUUAGACUUCGACAAAAUGAGUGACAGAGAUAGGAAGCAGAUCGUCGCUGAAGUUAACAUUCUACGCGAAUUAGAUCAUACAAAUAUCGUCGCCUAUCAUGAAAGAUACGUUGAUAGGGAAGGUGGUAUGCUUUACAUUUUAAUGGAAUUCUGCGGCGGUGGUGAUUUACAAACAAUUAUUAAAUCGUGCAAACGUAGUAAUACUCUACUACCAGAGGAUACCAUUUGGAGUUACAUUUCACAAUUGGCAGGUGCCCUCGAUCAUUGUCAUAGAAGGGGUUCUACAGCUGCUGGUCCACAAAAAUUAGAACGUAGACCUUCUCAACAUGAUAUCGCAGCUGCCCAUCAACAGAUCUUGCAUCGUGAUCUUAAACCAGAGAAUGUCUUCUUAGAUAAUGACGGUAAUCUCAAAUUAGGUGAUUUCGGUUUAUCAAAGGCCACCCAGAUUGGUGAAUUUGCUAAGACAUACGUUGGGACACCAUAUUAUAUGUCUCCAGAGUUGAUGAAAGACAUGCCAUACGACCACAAGUCCGAUAUUUGGUCACUUGGUUGUGUAGUUUACGAAUUGGCUUGUCUUAACCCUCCAUUCUACGAAGCAAAAACGCACGGACAGCUUCAAGAGAAGAUUCUUCAAGGUCGUAUACCAAGAUUGUCGCGCUUCUAUUCACCUAUGCUUGAUGAUAUGAUCAGAAGAAUGUUAAGUCCAAAUCCAAGAGAUAGACCAUCUGCUUCUCAAAUACUCGAGCACGACAAGAUCAAAUUACAAAUGCGUACAGUUGAGCUAAACAAAAUGGCAGCAUCAAUCGCCUCUCAAAGGGUACGUUUAAGUGAACGUCUUAGUGAACUUCAAGCGAGAGAGAAGAAGGUUUGCGAAAGAGAGCAGCAAAUAUCAGUUGUUGAGACACAGAUUGAUGCCUACAUUAAAUCCCAAGUUGAAAAGAAUGUUAGAUUUGAACUUGAAAGGAUAAUGCAAGAAGGUGGUAGUGAAUACAAGAUAAUGACAGAUAGCACCAAUAUAGAACAGAGAGACAGAGAGAUUCCAAAUAGAAGCAUGAAAGAGUACGUUUCUUUUGACUCUUUAAUUAUUCUAACAGUGCACUCUAGUGCAACACCUAGCGAGACACUUGCAGAGAUGUCAAUUUGUACACCACCUCAAGCGCGCCGAAUGAGCAGUAAGCAAGGUCUGAAUGCACAUAACGCAACCCAAGCUAAACUUCUUGCUUUGGCUCGCGAGGAGGAUGAAGCAGAGAAUAGAUCGGAGCACGUAACAAGCAAACCACCACCAUUGCAACGUGCGGAAACGGCUCCAGUUUCAACAACAUCCUCGACGAAUAGUAUACCACAAUGGACGAAUCUACCACCACCACCACCUACGCCAUCAUACGCGAAUGUUACUGAAGAUGAUUUACCUUCUCCAUUCUUGCGUAAAACGGAUAACAAACAGAAACUCAAUCAAUCAAGCAAUCCUAGACAAGGUUUAUUAGCACAAGCUGCAGCUCAACGCACAACAACUAACAAGAGCACUACUGUUAGUAAACGUCCUUCAAUGGUUAGUGUAAAAUCAUCCAAACCCGUUCUAGGUCGGUAA